AUGGUAACAGCUAAUUUAAAUCACGAACAGCGACCAUCAUCAGGUGCUGAUAAUGAAGAUGACGAAAAUAACGAUCGACAAAAUCAAACACAUCUUGAUCGUUUAUAUUUGGAAAAUUCUCAAUAUCCUCAUUCUCAUCAUCAUCAUCAUCAUCAUCAUCAAUAUCCACAACGUACACUUUCAUCGUCGAAUUUACGUGAUAUAAAUAUGGCAUUAAAUACUGUUCCUGUCUAUCGUCAUGGACGUAAAUUUUAUGUUUCUAUUGAAGAAUUUGAACGUAUGCGUAUAGAAGAACGACGACAUCGUCGUACACUUAUGCAAAAAUCUCAAAAUUUACCUAUAACAAAAUCUCAUCAAACAAAUUUAUUACCACCAUCAACACCUUUAUAUAAUCCUGUUAAUCGAAGUACUUCACAUUCACAUGACCAUAGAUAUGGUAUACUUAGAACACCUUAUUUAUCUACUAAUUCAAUAAUAAAUAAUCAUAAUAAUAAUAAUAAUCAUUUACAUGAAUCAACUAGACAAUCUCGUUCAACAUUUAGACAUUAUGAUGAACGAGAUGAUUUAUCAUCAAUUACAUUAAGAUUACCAAUGAAAUUAUCAACAACUACUAUUCGUUCAAAUUCAUCGGAUAAAAUACUCGAUCGUCGAAGAACUCCACAAUCACCAAUAUCAUCUUAUAGUGAUUCUAUUCCUGAUGAUUAUGAUUUAAAACGUUCAUUUUCAGCUGAAUUAGUACAACCAUCACAAACUCAAUUACAGCAACCACAAGUAUUACCUCGUCGAAUAGUUCCACCUAAAACUUCUGAUUUUGCUAUGUCUACUGUACCAUCAUUUCCAAUGACACCUACUGAUCAAACAUAUAAUCAAUCAAAUGCAUCAAAAUUAACAAGUUAUUUUACUCGAAUACAACCAUCAACAUUAAAUCCUUCAAUAAAAUUACCUACAACAGAUUUUACUGGAACAAAUUCAAUGUAUGAAAAUGAUAUUCAAGAUUCAAAUCAAAUUUAUUCUGUUCCUGCUUCUUCAAAUCGACGUACUGAAAGUCAUGGUUUAGCAUCUGUAUUAACACGAUCACCAUCAAAUAAUAGUAAUAAUGAAUAUUAUUCUCGAAAUGUAACAGGUGAAUCAUUUUCUGAUGAUAAUUCAUCAUCACCAUCAACAUUAAUUCAACGACGAAAUACAAAUAAUAAUCGUUAUCAUCGAGCUCAACUUGUUGUUGAAACUGAUGAUGAUUAUAGACAACAAGGUGAUGCAUGGACUCGUUCAACUGCACGAAGUCAAUCAAGUGAUCGUUUAAUAGAAAAAAAACGUGUUCGUUUUGCUGAUAUGGAAGGUUUGACAUUAGAAACUGUCUCUGAUGUUGAACAAAAACGAUUACCUAUGAAUAAUCGUUUAGUUAAUAAACGAUCAUAUAUUUCACCAACAAAUAAUCUUCGAGGACAAGAACAAUCUUUUCAUAAUUCAUUUUAUCAAACAAAUACUAGAGCUAAUAAUUGUGGAAGUAAACUUGCGACCGACGUUUAA